CUGUCGGCACUCUUUAGUCGCUGUUGAACCGGCAGUUUAGAUCAAUGUACUUGUACUCUCGCUGUAACGCAUUACGAUCGCGAUCGGAAAAAUCAAUACCUAUUAUAGAUCGAUCAUUUAUUCGCUCGCUCGCUUAUCGCUUCGCUUUUAAUUUUUAUUGUGCAACUUUACCGAAACCAAACUAAAUUGCUGUUUACGUUCCACAUUAACUUUAAUUGCCUAAUUCACAAUGUAGUAGCAAAUACAUGUAUCUAUUAUCAAAUCAAUUAAAUUCUUGUAAUUAUAAAAAAAAUAAUCGGGGUUGAGAAUUAGUUACAGAAUAAAUACCGUAAAUUAAAUACAGUAUUUGUAUUGAAGGUUAAAAUGCAAAAAUAUGACGAUUAACGUGAAAUGUAAAGUUUUCCACGAUAAUUGUUAUCGGUAUGAAAAAUAAUAAAGUAGGGUUCAAAUGAAAAUGGGCGAAAGAGAAACUGAUUCUUUGCAGAAUUUGAGUUCUUUGGACUGUUGGGAUUACUCAGUAGAGCUGGAAUGUCUUCAAGGAACUCAAGAUCUCCAGUUGGCCGCAGAAUUAGGAAAAACUCUGUUAGAAAGAAAUAAAGAACUAGAAAAUUGCAUCAAACAGCAACAGAAUGUCAUCGAUGAUCAAGCACAAGAAAUACAGUACCUUACAAAGCAAACAACCGCGUUGCGAGAAGUCAACGACUCGCGACUUCGAAUUUAUGAGCAACUUGAGGUCAGUAUUCAAGAUCUCGAACGCGCCAACCAUCGUCUUGCUCUCGAAAAUGCUUCGGAUAAAAAGCAAAUUAAAUCGUUAACAUCCACCAUCGAAUCUUUAGAGGCCCGUUGUGAAGAACUGCAAGUCAACGUGGACGAACUUAAAGCACAAUUGGAUACUUACAGACUGAAGACGCAGCGAACCGGCGUCUCUAAUAAUGCGGAAAAGGGAGAAAAAGCGAGACCGACUUGCAUUAGGUUAGGAGGAGACUUCGGAGAUGACCUGAGCGGUAGUCAAGGGCCGGUUAGUCCGGAUUCAUCGUCCGCUGUACAUACGGAAAAGUACACCGAACAUCUUGACGCCUCUUCAAGUCCGAAUCCAUCAAGAUCUUUAUCCGCCUCCCAAAACGCGACUCAAACAACGCCGAGCAUUAGUGGCAACGAAACAUCUGCUUUCGAAGACAAUCGACGUCAAAUCGACGAGCUGUUGAUCCAACUCGAUGAAUCUCAAAAAGUGUUAUCUUACGAAAAGCGACGGGUCACCGAAUUGGAAGAACAACUGGCUACGAUGGUACAAAGGAAUCAGGAAUUGGAAAAGAAUCUCGUCCAGCUGCAACAGAAGGACGAAGAAGCGAAGAGUAUGCACGAUGAGCUAAAUACUCUUGAAGAAGUUAGACAAGGACAGCUGUGCAGUCGUUGUUUAAGAAUGAUCGAUUCGUCCAGGGCGACUGAUAAUCUUUCAUUUCUCGACGAUGAACUGGAAGAUGACGAUUCGAGUAUGAUGGAAGCACUUCUAAGCCAGUCCCAAAAUCGUUCCUACACCAUGGACUUACAGGAGACUGCUGAAAAAACAUCUUCUCCACUUCGCCAAGGAGGCCCAAAUUUGUAUAGGGAACUUGUAGAAAAAUAUGAAGCUCUUCUGGAAGUCCAACGAGGCCAGAGCACUCGCAGUCAAAAAUCCACAAACUCGUUAUCGCUUCACGAAGAAAUGCAAAUGUCUGGAGAUUUCAGUAACAUCCCCAAAGAUACGGACGAAGAAAGUGGAAAUGGAGACAGUAUUAAACGUAAUAAAAAAGAUGAGAAAACCUUCUCACGCACCCCAACAGACUUUUCGGAAGCUGAAACAAAUUCUUCUGGGUUUCUUGAAGAAACUAGUAACAAAGCUACCCAAACCGAAGGGAGAGUGGGCUCUUUCUUGUGCACGAUCGCUGAUGGAGAUGACUGUAAAUUUAGCAUUUACGACGAUGCUAGCCCAAUUGACUCAAGGUUUAGAAAUAGACCAGAAUAUCGCGAACUAUUUAAAGAGAUAUUCACCGUCUUAAAGAAAGCGGCAGAAAACAAAGACGAAGGUGAACAGCUACCCCUCCUCGAUGACCAUACGCCUGCACAUAAAGUAAUUCCCGAAGUACCACCUGCAACUCCUGCUACCGAAAAUCUACCAGAUUUUGCCGACAACAUAACCGACGAUACCCAAAGUGUCCUCUCAUCUACAAUGUCUGAAUUUUCAACCAGUCAAAUUGAUGUAACUGUUGGAGAAGAAGUCAUCGAAAAAAGUUCCCCUGAAACUGCUCAAACUAGUGAAAAUAAAGAAAACAAACCCCAAGAGCGGGUCCUCACGCCUUAUAUGCGCCAACCCCUGGAAUAUUUGAGUGUGGGCGUUAAUAUUCGCAAAAGAUCUUCUUCGAAACGGAAGAAACAAUUUACUUCAGAACGAUCAGAUUCUCCUGCAACUCCCAUCUUAGGAAGUCCCAAGAUUACUUACAGCAAUAGAUCUUCAAGUCGCCGAAGAAGAGAUGUUAGAGGUAAUCCAACAGAUACCGGUAGCGUAUGGAAUGGAACAACUUUACAUUUCUAUUCAAGAAGCGUAAAUUCACCGACACCACAAAGAAGUAGAGCUAAAGAAGUCACAUACGAAAAUGGAUUUGGGUUUAAGCCUAGCGCAGCUUCACAGGAUUUACAUAAGCUGAAAAAGUUGGAUUUGUCCUAUGCAGAAGUUUUGCGAAAUGCUGAUGUUAAGAAGAAAGAAAUUGUACACAAGCAGAGACACAAGUAAAAAAUUAUUCUGCUUUAAAAAGAUUAAUCGUAGCUUUAGGAUGCAAUCCAGAAAAUAUUUGCCAUCGCGGUUCUUUUUAAUCUGUCUUUUUUCUUAAUACUUCUUAAUUCAUUCUUUUUAGUCAAAAUUAUUCAUUAAAUUAACUAGUCAUAAGGAAAUAUUUUUCUACUUAAUUUUUUUUAAUUCUAAGGAUUUUUUAUCAAAUAUUUAUUUUAUUGCAUAUCCACUGCAUUUUGUAGACAAAUCAGAGCCAGAUACAGCCAAUCAUAAAAAAUUAAUUGCAUUUUUGUAGCAGACUGUUUUGUUAAUCAAAUUUUUAUGUUGUUGCGUUUAUGCAGAAAAUUAAUCCACAUUAUUCAACCAAUUAUAUGUCUUAAUUUGAUGUUCUUUAACCGAUGGCGAAAAGUACUUAUUUUUAGUGGAUAGACGUAUAAUUAGUUGAAUAAAUUACUCAACAUUGUAAAUAAUUUUUGUUUAAUUACUGUUCUUUUUAUUAUUUCACUGACUGAAAAUCUUUUUAUUAUUGUGGCGAAAACGAAUCUGUUUGAUUCAAACAUAUAUUACAUGAAAACGUGCCAAUAUUUCAAUUAGUUUAGAUAUUAUUAAAACUUCGUGACUUCAAAAGUUUCUACAAUAAUUAAUGCAAAUUCAAAGAUUCCCCUGUUUUACCAAUUUUAACUCAUAAGUUUUUAUUGCAUUAAAUAUAAAGCAUAAUUUAUGUAUAAAAUAUUGAAUAAAAGUCACUAAAAAUAA